AGAGAUGCGGGUGAGGAUGAGAUGAGUGGAGGAGCAGCAGAGGAAGUGGGAGGCACAGUUCGUGGUAGUGGCUCAUAACUCAAUGCAACUGGACUCUGAGCAGCAUCUCAACUCUCUUUUCACUCACAACUUGUGCUCCUUUCUUCGCCACUUUAGUUGUGCAUGAGCGUAGCGUUUCCUCCCGACACUGUGGGUCAAGUUUGUCGGUGUGACACUAAAUUUACAUCUGCUGCAAACAGGUUUAAAGAGAGCAACAUCUCCUGCGAUUCUUCCGCUGAUUUCGUCCAAGAUGAUGAUUAUUAUCGCGGAGUUCUUCGUGGUCAUUUUAAAGGUGCUCUGGGCUUUUGUAACAGCCGGCUGUAAAUGGGUUGUGCGGCCCAAGGAGAAGAGCGUGGCGGGACAGGUGUGCGUGAUCACCGGCGCUGGAAGUGGCCUCGGGCGGCUCUUCGCCAAGGAGUUCGCCCGGAGACGAGCGAUACUUGUGUUAUGGGACAUUAACAGCCAAAGCAAUGAGGAAACGGCGGAGAUGGUGCGGCAGAUAUACCAUGAACUGGACACUCCCAUAACCAAAGACGGACCUGUCGGAGGGGUCGAGGAGGUCCCUCCUUUCCAGCCACAGGUCUACACUUAUCUGUGUGACGUGGGGAAGCGUGAGAGUGUGUAUUCUACAGCUGAGAAGGUGCGUCGAGAGGUUGGAAACGUGGACAUACUGAUCAACAACGCCGGUGUCGUCUCCGGCCACCACCUUCUGGAGUGUCCCGAUGAGCUGAUCGAGCGCACCAUGGUGGUCAACUGCCAUGCACACUUCUGGACCACCAAGGCGUUUCUCCCCAAGAUGCUGGAGCUGAAUCACGGUCACAUUGUGACGGUUGCCAGCUCCCUGGGUUUAUUCAGCACAGCUGGAGUGGAGGAUUACUGUGCCAGUAAGUUCGGUGCCAUCGGGUUCCACGAGUCACUGAGCCAUGAGCUGAAGGCCUCGGAGAAGGAGGGCAUCAAAAUGACUCUGGUGUGCCCUUACCUGGUCGACACGGGAAUGUUCAAAGGCUGCAGGAUAAGGAAGGAGAUUGAGCCUUUCCUACCCCCCCUGAAGCCAGAGUUCUGUGUGAAGCAGUCCAUGAGGGCCAUCCUCACCGACCAGCCUAUGAUCUGCACACCUCGCAUCGUCUAUAUGGUGAACUUCAUGAAAAGCAUCCUGCCCUUCGAGGCCAUUGUGUGCAUGUACCGGUUCCUCGGUGCCGACAAGUGCAUGUACCCCUUCCUAGCUCAGAGAAAGGAGGCCAUGAACAACAACGAGGCAAAGAAUGGGAUCUAAGGAGGGUGAGGGGGGAGGGCGGCGGCGCUGUUUGUAACUCGAACAGAGGCACAUAAACCUGCAAGCAUGAGGAAACAACCACUGAGGAUGAAAAUGGGGACGGACGGAGAAGGAAAGACUGAUCUAGACUGGUGCACUUGCAUUGAGCAGAUGCUUGUUUACCACGUUGUUCUCUGGAACAAAGAAAGCUGUGUACUACACAAAGGAUCUAUUUGACUUUGUUUUGUCUUUUUUUUUAAGUUUAAAGAAACCAACAUCUAUAUACUGUGUCACUAGUUUUUGAAAUCAUACAGAAAAGCUAUCCUAUAAUUAACUAUUUACGUAAUGUAGUCACCAGCCUUAUCUAGUGUCAUUGUGGAAAUAUACAGUAUGUUACUGUACAGACAGUAAAACAAUUUGUUUUUUCACUUUUAUUUUUGUAGACAUGCACUGUAAUUUCACAUUUUUCUCUACACUGCCAGCAUUCUGUGUAGAAAGUUCAACGCAGCAUUUGAAACCACCAUCGUCUCCCCACGCUGAGUCUUUCAGGAAAUUGGUUUGCAGCUUAACAAGGCUCUUUAUAGCUGGUGCCAUUUUAAAACUAAGAUAAAUACGUCACUAUUACCAUAUUCUGUUAAGUUACCGACAUGUAGCAUAUGUUGAUGAUGACUUAUUCCAAACGGGACGUUUUUAAAGGCCAGAUUGUGGUCGAUUUAACUCGACAUCGUCCCUCUUAAUGGUCCUUGUUUCAGGUGUGUAGUGACGCACCUCUAAAGAAAAGCGUCCGAGGGGUCCUGUGUUGAACUAGCAUGUGUGACACACUCAGAAUGUACUGCUUUGAGGAACCGGGAGGAAAUAAAUUUGUAUUUGUCUUUAUUUUCAAGAUCUGUGGUGUUUAUAUUGUAAAUUUAUCUGUUGCCAAUAUUAUUUGUUAAAAAUAAACUAAAAAAACCAACAUAGGCUGUAACUCCAGGCUGUCCCAACACUGACGUGUGGUCGAGGGAAAUGUAUUAAAGACACUAGUUUCAUUAUUCUUUCCAAAGUAACACUUUAACUCCUUUUCCAUUGUCCAGUUA